CACCGAGUCUGCAGGACUGCUGUCCUGCCUUCCUCUCCUGCUUCCUCGCCUCAACUUGGCUUGUCUACACAAGGGUCUGCGAAGGGCUAGCACGACCCAUCAAAAUAGCAAACGCCAACCCCAAGUGAACUCGCGGUCAUGCAUCUGCACGAGUGCAUCUUGUGCGCCACAGGUCCCUCCUCGUCCACCCCUGGACCCGGGGCCAUAUCCCUGCACGAUAUACAAACGGGCACGUCUCUUGCAUCAUUCAAGCAGACUUCAGCCGCUCCGCGCUGUACCGCGGUCGUCCAGUCUCGUGAUGGCUUGGGUGGGUUCAUGCUCGCGGCUCAGUCAGACAAGUCGAUCAUGAAUGUAUACAACUACCAGAAGGACCAGCUUGCUCUGAAGAUUGUCCUACCAGAGAAGCUCUCUGCCAUUGCGGUAGAUCCUCAAGGCGAGUUUUGUGCAGGAGGCACAGUACAAGGACGGAUAUUCUUAUGGGAGGUUGCGUCCGGGAUCAUGUACAACGCAUGGGAUGCCCACUACCGCCAAGUGAACGUACUGCGCUUUACUCAAGACGGCGCAGCACUCAUCUCAGGGAGUGAUGACUCCAGCGUCAGCGUGUGGUCCGUAUCAAGACUACUCGAUAAUGACCUACAAAACGACCUGCCGACUCCGUAUUGCAACCUCUCGGACCACUCCUUACCAAUCACGGACAUACUUUGUGGAGCAGGUAGCUUCCCAUCGUGCCGUAUCUUGACAUCCUCGGCGGAUCACACGGCGAAGCUAUGGGACCUGUCAUCAAAGACACUACUCACGACCUUCCAUUUCCCUCAACCAAUCGCCUGCCUCGUGUGGGACGCCACCGAGCGCCUGUUCUUCGCUGGGUCCGCCGACGGCUCGAUCCACCAGGUGAACCUGUUCCGGCAGCGCGAGGACAAGUUCGGGCGCGCUGCAAUGGAGGCAGUUGGGGGCGGAGGAGUGAAUGAUAUGAUACGUAUCAACGACGAAGACCCACAAGCCGCAAAGAAGCGGUUGAUCUCUGUUGGUCAACCGGUCACGACAAUGUCGAUAUCUCUGACAUCGUCAUUGCUCCUUGUCGGCACGGCGACAGGGCAUAUCCAUACAUACGACAUCGCUUCGCAUCAACUCCUCCGCACACUCAGCACGCACAAGGGAAUGGUCAUCACACACCUUAUGACGCUCCUCCGUCCACCCGAUCUCGUCGGACAUGUCAGCCUCACUCUCGCCGCCGGUACAGAGACGAAGGAGGUCCCUGUGCGGCCCAUAGCGCCAUUCCAACGCAUGCGCGACGCGAAAGCGCGAGACCUGCACGAGGUAGCCAUGAUGCUCCCACCACAACCAGCGUCAAAAUCGGAAGUCUUCUUCUCGUAUUCGCGGGAAGAGCUCCUUCGCGAUCAUUCCUUCUUCGUGCAGACUGGCGCCGGGGGCCCAGGCGAAGCGCCGCCAGCGGGCGCGGCGGCGCAAGCGCGGGUGCUCGAGCUCGAGGCGGAGGUCGCGAGGCUGCGCGAGCAGCUCGGGAAGGCGAAGGGGAUGAAUGACACAAUGUGGGAGACGGUGGUAAAGCAGAUCGUGCACGAGAAAAAGGACAAGGUGGCGGCGAACGGGCAGGCCGAGGAGGACCCGGAGGAAGCAGUGAGGAGGAAGAAGAGAGGGCGCACUUGAUGUUGUAAUAGUCCCGCGUCAAUGUGCCGUAUUCAGCGUUAG